AUGUCGUUAUCGAAUUGCCGUUUCUACGAGGAGAAGUUCCCGGAAAUUGACAGCUUUGUCAUGGUGAACGUCAAGCAGAUCGCCGAGAUGGGUGCUUACGUUAAGCUUCUCGAGUACGACAACAUCGAUGGCAUGAUUUUGCUCUCCGAACUGUCGCGUCGACGUAUCAGAUCUAUCCAGAAGCUCAUCCGCGUUGGGCGCAACGAGGUUGUCGUGGUCCUGCGUGUGGACAAGGAGAAGGGUUACAUUGAUCUUUCAAAACGCCGUGUCUCUCCCGAGGACAUUGUCAAGUGCGAGGAGCGCUACAACAAGAGCAAGAUGGUCCACUCUAUCAUGCGCCACGUCGCCGAGAAGACCAACACUCCCAUCGAGAGCCUAUACGAGAGCAUAGCAUGGCCUCUCAACAAGAAGUUCGGCCAUGCUAUUGACGCAUUCAAGCUGUCGAUCACCAACCCGGAAGUCUGGAACGACAUUACCUUCCCCACUACUCCCAUUGCCGACGAGCUCAAGUCCUACAUUGGCAAGCGUCUCACACCCCAGCCUACCAAGGUCCGAGCCGACAUUGAGGUCACGUGCUUCGGAUACGAGGGCAUUGACGCUGUCAAGGAGGCCCUGCGCAAGGCCGAGGAGAAGAACACGGAAGACUCACAGGUCAAGGUCAAGCUGGUCUCGCCACCGCUGUACGUCUUAACCAACACUUGCUUGGACAAGUCAGCAGGCAUCACGUUGCUGGAGGAGGCAAUUGUGGAUGUGCGCAAAAGCAUCGAAGCCGCAGGCGGCAACCUGUCCGUCAAGAUGGAGCCCAAGGCUGUCACCGAGAGCGAUGAUGCGGAGCUGCAAGCCCUCAUGGAGAAGCGCGAGCGUGAGAACGCCGAGGUCAGCGGUGACGAGAGUGUCAGUGAUAGCGACGAGAACAUUCCCGAGACUGUUUAG